UUGUCGUCGUCGUCGUCGAUCGAUUUCGACUCGCGGAGUCGGAGGUCGGAAAAUCGCGUCCGAAACUGCUGGCGUCGCUGUCGCCGCCGCGUACGGAUUCGCGAGCAUCGUCGCGGUGGUACACCAGUGACAUUUGCGGUGCGGUGCUAUCGACGAAACAGAUUUGGCAACGUCGCAUCAUCGACUGCCUUCGUACACAAACGCAUGCAUACACGUACCUAGAAGGGAAGUUGGGGUGGCUGGCUGGUUGGCUGGCUGGCUGGCUGGCAGGCAGGCAGGCAGGCGGCAGGCUAACGGGCAAGCAAACAGGGCAGGCAGGCAAACAAGCAGGCCAGGCAGACGGCUUUCUUGUUCCGAGGACGGCGCUCCUAGUCGCGCCGUCUCUCUUUUCUACCUCCAUUGCGCUUACUCUUCCUCUCCCCCUUGUCUCCCCUUGUAUCCUCGUCUUCGGUCAAUUCAAUCGCGCUCUCCCGUUCUCUCCCUCCCUCCCUCUCUCUCUCUCUCUCUCUUUCUCUUUCAUGCGGCUCACGCCGCACGUACCGUUGAGAGCCUCUCCCUUCCCCUGCUGCGCUCUUUCUCUGCCUCUCUACCCCCUCUCCUUCCCCUAACCUCGAGCGGCUUGGGCGAAUCCACUAGGCUUGCGAGGGGAGUUCGGCAGACCUCGGCUCUAGUCGGCCUCGAUCCGUAGAGUGCGUUAGACGCCGCGAGUCGAUCGCUCCGGUUUACGAAUAUUCGCCAUCCGGGGUCACCGUGCGUGCGUCGCAGGGCCCGCGAGCGUUGUCGCGCUUUACCUGCGCAUAACCGCGACCCGCGACAGUCCGUAUUGCGGCAGUUUUACGCCUUGAAUUUGGGACGCACUCGACCAGCGUAUAUCCGUACGACGGCCAUGUUUGGUGUUUACGACGUGAGGGGGAAUCGCUGACGUCACGCGGCGAGCGGGCCGAUCUCGCCCGAACCCGAACGGCGCGGCGACUACGGACGACAGCAGCGACGGCAGCAGGCAACAGCACCAACAACCACGGAAAACGUGUGUGUGUGUGUGUGUGCCGUGCCGUGCCGUCAUCACGCCGGAUAUCACGCGCGACACGACGUAUCCAUAGACUGAUCAGAGGACAUCUUCACGCUCGUGCGGAAUAUCGAGAUUAAAAGAUUCACACGACAGCCAUGGAACUGGGCGAUAGAGUUUACGCCGCGGAACGCAUCACGAAGAAGAGGGACAAGCGGGGCAAGAUUGAAUACUUUGUCAAAUGGAAGGGAUGGAGCAAGAAAUAUAACACAUGGGAACCGGAAGAAAAUAUUUUGGACGUCAGAUUAAUCGAGUUGUAUGAGGAAAGUCAGAAAGGCGGAGAUGUAUCCACCAGAAGACCAAGGCGAAGGGAUACCAGAUAUAAUGAGCAGCUAAUAGCUAAUCUAGGAGUAGUCGAGGAGGAACCCGGUGGAGAUGAAAGAGUAGGCGAAGACAGUCAGGACGAAUCGACAACAGGCAGUACUUCGGCGCCUCGUUUGAAUCCUGUAGCUCCGGACGAAGACACACUUCCGAGUUCCUUGGAUGGUCAUGAGUCUCCGACACCGCCAGAAUUGGCAUCGACAUUCAGCGUCGAUUCUGACAGUUCCAACAGUAGCGUGGAUAUACCCCUAUUGCCCAGGAAGGAGUUGGGCACAAAAAGGAAGGCGGAGGUCCUUAGCAAGGAAUCUGGCAAGAUCGGCGUGACAAUUACCACUAGCAAUCCCAACACCGGUAGUGGUAGCCCGCCGCCAAGCAAAGUUCCUCGGUUAUUGCCUUUAAAGAACAACCCUACAACGCCGUCUUAUCACAGUCAUAAAGUCAACGGUAGAAGGCCGUCGUCCUCCAGCGUAAAGUCGACGCCGGAAGAGCCUCUUCCGGCGGUGCCGACGACGCCGGCGCCGGCAGUACAGGACAAAAAGCGUCCCGAAGCUGACGUACCUCAUGGCCCGCCGCCAUCUCUUCCACGUGCACCACCCGCACCGCUGUCUCCCCAGAUAGAUACACCCCUAGAACAACCCUCAACAAAGAAGAGGCAUUUAUCGGAGCAGAAACAGGACAAAUCGAACGGAACAGUCGCUGACAAAGCGAACGGUCAUAAAUCACCAAGUCCCACAGAUUCUUACACCAACAACAAUAGGUUACCGACUGUCGUAAACGGACAUCAUAAUAAUAACAUUAACAAUAAUAACAACAACAAUAACACUUCAAGCGUCAAGCAGACCGAAAUUCCGAAGUCGGAAAUCUACGCCCCGCUUACAAGCCCCAGCACGGAUUAUUGGCAUGCGAGGAACCCAGUGGCGGAUCAAGUGUUUAUCACAGAUGUUACUGUUAAUCUGAAAACCGUUACCAUCAGGGAGUGCAAGACUGAAAAGGGUUUCUUUCGGGAAAGGGAUCCCAAAGAAACUCUUUGAACCCUCGAGAACGCGAUAUCUAUCAAUGUCAGUGCUGCAUCGGGGAUAUCUGCUCCGAAUUGUAUUGAAUUGUUGUAAAUAAAUAUAAAUUAUUUUCACACGCCGGAUGUUAAGCCUAGGAUGUAAUCGUAGUACCAAGCAGAUUUAAACUUUUCUAAUAAUUGAUGAGAUGACGAUGAUAUCAUAGUAUAGAAAAAAGAAAAAAAAGAAUCAUGAUGAUAGUCGGGCAUCGCGCAGAGAUCUUUACAAUCUGUAUGCAUUGAAAUCUCAAGAAACUCGAAUAAAUAGUAAAAUUAGAUCGAUCAAUAGUAGAGAAUUGUUUUCUGCCAAGUUGAAAAUUGAAACAGUCACUUGCGAACAUACUUUACUCAGAUCUGCGAAUCUGUGUAAAUUUAUUGUAAAGAUAUUGUAAUGAUAACGUAUGAUGAUAUUGUAUGAUGAGUCGAAAAUGCACAUCAUACCUAUUAUUACAAACCGCAUUUGUAUAUUUCAAAAUGCUUGGUAGAUUUUAACCACAUGCACACUGAAGAUCUAGAUAACAUUAAAGGAUGCUACGUCUUCUAAUUGUUUUCAAUUUUUGGUUCUCUUAGAAUUUUGCUAAGAGAGAGAACGCUAUAGAUAAAACUAUUAUAAUAAAACUUUUGUUUUUACUACGGGAUACAUAUAUGUAUUUAUAUAUGAAAUAGAAAAAGUAUUUUUCUAAUUCAUUUUUAGAAUAUCAAAACUAUUUCGCGGAAAAGCGAUUCCAAGGGGAGACGUUCCAAGUUAUAUUAUUUAAAAAAAAAGAUAAUUUUGUAUAGCCCAUUUUUCUGGUUGUGUAUCCCAUUUUUUGCUAUGCAUCAGCAAACAGUAUCGCGAAAGAAAGAUAUAAAUUAGAUUUUGAAUGUAUAUAUAUGAAAGUAAUAAUAAGCGUUUCACUAAGAAUUUCGAAUGAUCGCAAAAUAUUUAAUUCAUAGAAGGAUCGUAUCACGAUAUUUCAAUCAUGUUCUUGGUCUCGAUGCGUCGAGCUAACUCGCCAUAUUGUUUGGCAGGUCACAUGUAUUGUCAAAUUUUGCGAUUUCUUUCAUUUGUAAUUAAAUAUUUUCAUUCAUUGCAGAAUGUCACCUGUACAUUAACAGUAAGAUCAUUUUCUAUUUCUUAGUGAAACUAUUAUAUUUGUACAUUUUGAUCGUCAAACCAUAAAAAGGGUACCCUAUAUGCAUCAUUGUCGAAAAUUGGCAUAGAGUUUCGGCCAAUCUUAUUUACAGUAUGCUGCUCUUUUUCUAUCAUGCAGCAGAAUUGUAAGGCUGCUUUAUGAUCACCUAAAAGGCGAGAAAGAUUUUAUUUCUAAAUUUAUGAGGAGACGGAAGACGUUAGCGUCACUUAAAAAGUUAUGAUCAAAAUGGCUUGUGCGGUAAUGUGAUGUUCCGACACGAUGCGAGAUAGCUUUAAAUCUUUUUUCUUUCCUCGAAACGGAUUGAAAAAAAUGACCGUCUUGCUUAGAACACAGUAUCACGUUUUUCCCUAUUUACUGCUCAUUCUUAUUUCCUUGAAUUAUUUUUCUUAUCAUCAAGAAUAGAUUUUUUUUCAAGAUAUUUGAUCGCGUUCAAAUUCUUCUUUCUUCUCUAUAUCGAGGCGCUAUUUUAUUGUGUAAAAGUCACGUAAGAAAGACUGAAGAAUUCAAUUAUACUGAUCAAUUAUACUGAAUUCGAUUCAAACGAAAUCUAGGAUUAUGCCUGAGGAAUAAUGAAAGGAAAUAUAAGAAUAUGAGUGAGUUAAUAAUUCAUUUUUAUAAUAAUUUAUAUAUUCUUUCCAAUACCGAUAUAGUAAAUUCAAAAAUGAGUAAAGUCGAAAAUGAAGUUGAAAAAUAUCCUGAACAUUUCCCCAAAAGGCUUUCUAUCGCGUAAUAGACACGUCAUCGGUAAAGUGCGAUGUGAUAGCAUGAUGCAGAGAAGAACAGUGCGAUAGACUCUUUUACGUUAAGUUAAAUAUAUAUUUCUAUAUAAUAUUAAAUAUGUAUUAAAUAUAUAAAAAUAAUAUUUAAUAUAUAUUUAAUACACACACACGCAGCCACACAUUUAUAUUACAUACACACAUAUGUACACUCUAAUUAAAUUUAUGUAUACGUUGCUUAUUUAUUAUAACUAACACGAAGAUUUUUAGGUUUCUACAUUCUUAUAUAUAAUAUAGUUGUAAUUAGACUGUGUAUGUGCAACGGUGUCCCCCGCACACAUUUGAAAGUGAGUUUGACAUUCAGCAUGAUGUCUCUUGCGUUAGUACGAUUACCGCGAUAUAGAUAAAACUCAUGUCAAUAAAAUUGUAUAAAGAUCCGACACGAUUUUAUAGAAAUUUUUUAAAAAAUUUGACGACUUUGUGGAAAACGUGUAAACAACAAAAAAAAGAUCUGUUUUUUUUUUCUUUUUUUUUAACGGGGCCAUUUGUGUAAGAUUAGAUUGACAGAUUCGUUGCAAUUAUCAAUGCAAGAGAAUAAACUAUACAUUGAAAUUGUUGUACCACUGUAUAUUGAGAGUGUUUCUUGUAAAAAUUGUAAAUAUUUGGACGAAAACUGUACGUGUCUUUGCUAUGACGAGCGAAGCGCAUGAGGAUGGCUUAUAUAAAUCUUUGAAUUAUCAAUUGUACAUAGAGAUAAAGAGAGAAACCCCCUCUCUUCCUCCCUUCCCCUCUAGUUGUAAACGUAAGAUUGCAACUAUAGGUCUCUAUAGAGAGAAAAAUCCUUUUCUUAGCUUUAGAAGUUCAAGAUAGACUGUGCGCGUACCUUCGAUAUUGUGUUUCUGUACUUAUAAAUAUUCCGACUACAAUAUUAUACGAUAAACGUGAAAUGAUAAAGCAGCGGUUACGCAGGCAUAUACGAUACGUGAACCCCGGUAGAUCCAAAUUCAACAGUAAUUUUAGUUCUGUCUGGUACAGAUUCCUUAUAUUUCAAUAAAAUCUCUACUUGAA